AUGGAGUCAUACUUGCUUAGUGAGGACUUAUGGGAUGUCGUCAGCGGUAGUAGCACAACACCACCAAGGGGAGCUGCUGCGACAGCGGAAGCGACAAAGGAGCGGACACGGAAGAAUGCCAAGGCGGAGUUUGCGUUAAAGAGGUCAAUAUCCUCAGGAGUAUUUGAGCAUGUCUCAAGGUGCAGUUCCGCAAGUUCUAUUUGGCGGCCGUUAGAUCAAUUGUUCAACAAGAAGAAUGAAGCUCGACUACAGUUGUUAGAGAACGAGCUAGCAAAUGCGAAGCAGGGGGGGUCUUCUAUCUCAGAGUUCUUCAUUAAGGUAAAGAACCUUUGCUCUGAGAUUAAUACUCUUAAUCCUGAGGAGACAAUUUCGGAGGCUCGAUUAAAACGGUCUAUUAUUCGAGGUCUACGACCCGAAUAUACACCAUUUGUGACUUCGGUUCAAGGAUGGCCUACUCAACCUNCCUUGGAGGAGUUUGAAAAUUUGUUAGCUUCGCAAGAAUCCUUAGUCAUGCAAAUGGCGGGAGUUAAAGUCCAUGAUGACUCGGGGAGUGCGUUUAUAGCUCGGGGACAGCAUAGCUUCAAAGCUAAACCUAAGGAUGAUGGUUCAAAGAAUAAUGAUCGAAGAGAAGGAUCUUCUAUGGCAUAUAAGAAACGUCUUAAGUGCUACCGGUGUGGGAAACUUGGGCAUUUCAAAAAGGAUUGUCGAACAAAGAAUGGGGAAGUUGUUUCACGGUGGAGGCUGCAUGUCCAGGUAUAUCUACAACCAAAAAUUUAG